AUGGCAUCUCUCAACGCCCCUUUGAGCGUCGCAGACCUAGUCGCGCAAGCCGGGAACUACACAUACAAUGUGCACAUACCCCUGGCAAGCUGGCUGCGCACAGCUAGUACUAUGCAGAAAGAGGCCCAGGUCUACGAAGCAGAAGGCAACGACGCGCAAACAUACUUGCUCCUAUACCGACACGCCCAUCUCGUCCUCCAACACCUACAGGCUCACCCUGACAGAAACAAGCCUGAAAAUCGGAGAGCGCUCAACGCUGCCACGGCGACAGUCGGCAGUGAUCUGAAGAAGCUUGAGGAGAUCGCGCCCCGGAUAAAGAGGAGACAUGAGGAAUAUCAGGAGAGGAGAGGUAGACAGCUAGAGGCUGUGAAGUCGCUACAGGGGAAAGGCGUCAAGAACCUCCCACAGGAGCUCGAUGGUCUUUCAUUAUAUGAUCGAGGGUCAAAGAGGACGUCAUACGAUUCGAGACCUACGCUUGAUGCCCGUGCUCAAGAGAAUCACUCGCUAGCUGCGAGACUGGCACAGAGAGAAGUAAAGCGGAGGGAUACGGCGAGGAGAAGUGUUAGACAACAUGGAGUAUCGGAAGAGGAGGAGCAAGAGCGACGGACAGGAGGCACAUGGGACAGUUGGCAGGAAGAACUUGCGCAGCAAGGCAAUGCUGAAGAUGACCUUUCAAAUCAACUCCAGGAAGUCGCGCGUCUACAGCAGAAUGGUCACAGCACUUCCUACAUAUCACAUCCAACAUCCCAAUCGGCGUCCGCAUAUCACUAUCCUUCAGUACCACACAAGACGGCUCAAGAGAGGUGGUCAGACUCAAAGCAGUCGUCUACUACAGCACCCGCUCGACCUCCAAAAGAACAUAUAUACAGAUCUUCGGGUACACCAUUGGUGCCUCCUCCACUGCCUCCAAAACCACCAACGCCUGGACGAUUCGAGAACCCACGACCGCCACCGAUACCCGGCAAAGUCUUAGAAAGCGCACCGCCACUUCCUUCAAAGGUCUUGGAUCAGCGCCCGCUCACCCCCUCCACCGAACUCGACGAAUUUACUUUCAAACCCACCGCCUACCUCGAGAAUGGCGACCCUCUUCGCCCUGUUUUCCUGCCGUCCCAACUACGACAACAAUUCCUCUCCGUCGCCUCCAGCAAUACGCGUCUCAAUCUCGAAACCUGCGGCAUGCUGUGUGGGAUCCUAAAAUCCAACGCCCUCUUCAUAACGCGGCUGAUCGUGCCGGAGCAGACAAGCACGAGCGAUACGUGUGAGACUCUGAACGAGGAGGAACUGUUUGAUUAUUGCGAUAAGGAGGAGUUGAUGGUACUCGGGUGGAUUCAUACCCAUCCAACCCAGACAUGCUUUAUGAGUAGUAGGGAUUUACAUACGCAUGUGGGUUAUCAGGUCAUGAUGCCCGAGAGUGUGGCGAUUGUUUGUGCGCCGAGUAAGGUGCCAAGUUGGGGAUGCUUCCGCCUUACCGAUCCUCCAGGCAAACAAGCGAUCCUAAACUGCACCAAGCCUGGUAUCUUCCACCCCCACGACGUGGAUAAUAUAUACACGGAAGCGCUCAAACCGGGCCACGUGGUUGAGCUAACCAACGCGCCACUGGAGAUUGUAGACAUGCGACCGAAGAAGGAAUUAUAG